UUGAAUGAGAUGAAACGGUUUUGUAGAAUUUUUUUUUUGAGAAUUUUUUUAUACUAAGUAAACGAACGCGUUCCUUUUCGACAAUUAUUAUCAAAUUUUUUGAUUAUUAAUUUUUUGUGGAAAAUUAUUCGAAAAACUUUUUUUUUUUGGUUUGUUUGAAAAAGAAAUUUUAAAUUUUAAUUUUAAUCAAAGCAAUUGUAAAUUGGGUCGCGAAAAAUUCGUUUUCAUCUGAAUGCGGAAAAUGUUAUGUAAAACACUUGUGUUGCGAGAAGGAUACUUAACGAUCUGAUCGGCUUUUCGAUUUCUACGGUUCUUCCGUUAAUGAGUGUAAGAGAAUCGGCUUCACAACCUGCUAGACUGAUUGUGAUGAUAAAAUUUAUCUGAACACUGAUUAUAUAUACAACCGCAAACCGGAACAAAAAUCAACAGUAAAUCGGCUGAGAAUAGCCAGUUCAUUAUCAAGUGAAUUGAAGUGGUAAAAAUUUAAACAAAUGUUCGAUUCAUAAAUCAUACGCAUAAUAAACGGAUUCAUUAUCCAUCCGUUCAUCACCCGUUCGAGGGAGAAUUGAUAAAUUGAUUAUUUGCAAAUGUGAAAUAAUUUGAUUAAUGAGAAUUACGCCGAGAGAAGUGUACUAGGCAAAUUGUUACGAAUGAUUUUUGAGUAUGUACCAUCUGAAAUAUCGGUUAUGUAAAAAUCAAAAAGAAUUAAAAUAAAAGUGUUGUGUGUGCCAUAGUGUUUUGUGCCAAUGACCCUUCGGCCGAAAAGUAAAGAGAGAUGAAUUGUCAAUUUAUUUUUAAAAUUUGAUAAUUUUCCAAAGCAAUCUACAGAGAUAUAAUAUUCGCGUGUUGCCAUUUAUAACAGAAAACAAUCGCAACCAUUUUCAACUUGUAUUUGCUAUAAAUUAAAUCGUGUGACGAUUUUGUUAUUAUAAAUUUCUUCUACAAAGUGACAAAAGUUAUUUUAUCAGCUUUUAGCGAAAUUUUGCACAUCUUCAAGUGUGUGUGAUGACACAUAUAUUUCAUUCGAAUGCACAACCGUUUAUCUUAGCAUUUUGUGUGUUAAAAGAAUUGUUUUUCUUUUUCGUUUCUGCUUUUUGGUGUGAUGUCUUCGUUUGCAUCGUCAGAAAGUGAAGUUUGUGUAUCACAACAGGUUAAUAAGCUUGCGUAUAUUUUGUAAACAGGCAAAUGGAUAUUGGACAAUUAUUUCACUUUUAAAUAGAUACGUGGAUACGUGGGUGACAUCGUUGAUUUAAUUAUUUUUUUAAAAUUCGAACGAAUAAUGCCUGGUUCGCUAUUCCGUUAUGUGGUGAAUUUGAUUAGUGUUUACUGAAUUGGGAUACCUAGUGAACUCAUAAUAAAGAAACGUCUGCAAACUGCGGUAAAACGAAAGAAAAAUCUGUUUGGACUACGAAACACAAGGCAUUGAGAAGCAUAAAUGAACAAAAAUCCUAAAAUCUUAAAACAGAACAUACUCACAACCAACGGAAUAAUACACUCUGUCCGCGAAUUGACUAAACCAUAUCAAAAGAUUCGUGUGUAGGAUAUUUGUUGGAAAAAUAAAUUGGUUUUUCACUCACAUUGGUCGAAAGGACUUUGAUCAUUAAACUGAUGAGUGAACAGUGAACAGUGAAAAUAAUUAUUUUUCUUAAAUUAAACACCAAAACUCCUCACGUCACUUUCAUGUGUAAAGUCUCAGUGAACAACCCAUGUGCGUGUUACUUAACCCACUGUAGACAUGUGAAUAAACGUUUAACCAAAUCAUGUAAAAAAAUGUUCGUGAAAUUAUCUCACAUUUUCGGAUUCCAUAAAUGUACGUUUUAAUGGUUACGUAAAGUGAUAUCGACGCAUUGGCGUUAAUGCCGAGCAGCCAAUUCCAGUGGAGGGCCCUGGUUUUGCUGGGUGCCCUCCUAUUGGUCGUAUCACUAUGGCCACUGACAUGUGCGGCAUUGCCUAUUGAUUUAAUGACAUACCAAUCGAAUUUGUGGAAUAGCAGUGAAAUAGGUUUAGCCAAUCAACGACCGCCAUACUCGAGUGCAAUGUCUGAUUAUGGUAGCAGUGAAACGGACAAAUACUCAUCACAAGUCCAUGAUGACAUAAUAAAUGUGCCAAUGACAGACACUGUUUUCUUACGGCGCAAACGGAAGAGAGCGAAUCCCAGCAAUCGGUCGACCUCAUACACAAUCAGAAAUUACUUUAACGCAGCGCGACCGAGAACGAUAAUUCAGAGAAAGGAAUUAUCGUCGUCAACGCCACAGACAUUACAAUUAAAUGAUUUAUAUUUAGCCGGCACACCAUCAUCACUAUCAAUAACUACAUACGAGCCGGUCGUUGGAUUAAGAAAAUUGUCGUCGAACAAUUCACUACAAAUGAGAUUAUCACAAGCGACGAUACAAAAUGAAAUAAUUGCAUCGGUUUCAGUAACCACACAACCAACCACAAGUAUUAAAUUGAAUCAAAAUCAAAAAGACGAUGAUGUACAAUUGAAAUUGAAUCGAAAUAAUGGUGCGAAUAUCGUCGCACCGACCAUGUUCCUUAAUCAAACAAUUUCGCCCACAUUGCAAACAGUAUUCUCAUACAGUCCGUCAGGAAGUAAGCGACUGCAAAUGACAUCGACAGAAAGUAUUUUCUCACGAACGGAACGAAGUAUUCCGGUCCAAGCGCGAGCACAGGGAAAAAAAUCGACAACCGGACGACGAGACUCAAAUUUGGAUCGAAAUGAACGAUCAACGAAUUUUUCGCAUAUCGCUGGAACGUCGCGAAAAAUUCAAUUGCUUAUUAAAAAUCGACUGUUGCAAUUGCUGCCCGAUGGCACCGUUAAUGGUACGCAGGAUGAUGGAAGCGAUUAUACAAUUCUUCAGCGAGCUACCGUUGACGUUGGUAAAAUUCGCAUACAGGGAGUUGCAACAUGUUUAUUCUUAUGCAUGGACGCUUGUGGAAACGUCUAUGGAACGAAGGAGUUCACAGACGAUUGUGUCUUCAACGAAUUGAUGCUCGAGAACUACAACAUAUACGCUUCAACAUAUCAUUCGAAUUCGCAGAAAACAUUUUAUUUGGCUCUGAACAAACUCGGACAAAUAAGGAAAACUCAUCUGCCAGCUAACAAAGAGCUGGGAAAAUUAGCCACUUACGCGAAAUCAUUUACAUUUACCGUACCCGACAAACGUACCGAAGAUUUGAUAACGAGGCUGUUCGGUGCCAAUCACGUCAAACAUGGUUUGAAGCAACUUUGUGAUUCGGGAAAGUCAUUAGUAGAAUUAGUAUCCAAAAAGAUGAAACAUCGACCGAAGUGCGGUGGCAAAAAGGGGAAGGGGAAGCUACCGCAUGGUGUAGUAGAGAAACAGCCGAAAGCAAAUGAUGCGACCAAGUGUACCGAAGAAAGCUGCCAGCGCAAAAAGAAAAAUCAUUCGAAGGCAUCAACCGACCAAUCGACAACCAAAACGAAAAAGAACCGAAAAAAUCCGAAUGGAAAGCGAAUGGGUGCCAAGAAUAAGACCAAGUCAAUUAAGAAUUACCAUCAACCAGCCAUAUCGUCACAACGGACAACGACAUUUCGACCAUACCAAGCAACAACUGUUAAUGAUGAUUAUAGCGUUUCUGCAUCAACUGAACAAAAUGAUGAUGAUGAUGUAGAUGAAACGACGCUGCAAUCGGUCGGUACAACGAUGGACGAUGGUGAUGAGGAUCCCGAUGUCAAUUAAGAGUGAAAUGUUUGAUAGUGGUUAAAGCAGUGAAAGAUUUUGUGGAUGUAUUUCGUUCGCACUGUUGUCCAAUGUGAAAUAUUAUGUCGAGUAGUUGUUUAUAAGCUAAGUUUUCAAGUAAUUAACUCAAUGCAGUUGGAGGUCUUUCGCAGUUUUCAACGAAAAAUUGCAACAAUUUUAGAGCAACAACCUCGACAAGAAAUUCCAAUGAAAUUUUUGCCUCUUCUCUUUGUAUUUCGUAGAAGCAUUGAAUUGGCUCAAUGACUUCUUAUAAUGUGAAUUUUAUCCAGAAAUUAAUAGUCGCGUGGCUAGUGACCACCACAUGUAGAUGACAAAAUGAACAAGAAAGCAAUUUCACUCCUAUAUGGGGACCUUAGCCUAGAGUGGUUCGGAUAUUUUACAUUGUGAAAAUGCCGAAAGGCACUAAAUACAACAACAAAAAAACAGUGCGACAAAAUCAUGUGUCGCUCAAUCCCAAUUUACUUACUAGAAUUUUAAGAUGAAACAUCUCAGGUUUAUUUUCGGUAAAUAUUUUUAGAAUAUUUUACAUUGUGCCGUUGAUGAGAAGGAGGUGUCAAAACACACUCUUUCUUUUUGCCAUUUUUAAUUUACUCAAAUUGUGAAUACAAACACGAGAUGCUUAACGCAGAAUUUAUUUUAAUUCUCGUAAAAAAAAGAUUAUUGUCAUUAACCUUAACUUAUAUUUUACGUAAUCAACAGUGCUCUAUACCUUUACAGUAGUGGCAUGUAUCGCUUUUUGGCAGUGGCGACAAUAAAUAGUUGGUUAAUACGUAAACAUUUUUGUCGCCUUGCGGAUAUGCGAAAUUUAUCGAUUCAGGAAAAAAAAACAGAUUCGGUCACAUGAUUCUGGGAAUACGUCGACCGGUGAAGACCGUGGUAAAGAAUCGCUUGAUCCGAAAGUUCAGGUCAGAUAAUUUUAUUAAACAAACUGACCUCUUACCUGAAUCUAAUUUAUCCAAGUUUCAGGCUUACCUGAAACUAUCAUACAAUCUUUCACGUAAACCUGACUUUAAACACCUGCUCUGGAGCGGUAUUUUGGUCUGAGUUUCCUAUAUUCUAUACUCUUCUCUUUUUCUAUUCUAUCGUCGGUUCGCUAUUUCAAGCAAGAUGUUGUUGCAAUAACCCAGUGAUGGUAUAAUGUGAACAGAUGAUGUCAGGAACAGUGAUUAGUAUUUCAAUCGGCCCUGUUUUUAUCGGCUACGCGAUAAGAGUUUGCAAAAAGGAUACGAAGAUGAAGCGAACGAUUGUCCAAACUUAUAUCGCGUAGCAAGUAUUGACCGAUUGAAAUACUAAUUACAUUUCUGGAGUCCUAAGAUCGUACACUCACAUAAUGUUUGACUAAAAUCCGUCGAUAAUUUAAUUAUUUUUCUGUUGACAUUAUACCGACAAGGGGUUAUUGCAACAAAAUCUUGCUUGAUAUAGCGAAUCGACGGUAAAAUGCAAAAAGAGAAGAGGUAAGAAUAUAGAAAACUGAUGCCGUUGUACCACUCCUGUUCUGAGCUAUAGUAUUGUCGAUGUUUGAUCCCACAAUAUUUCUUCACUCCAGCGUAUCCGCAUUAUCCAUACAAUCGGAAUUACAAUUUGGUUAGGCUCUUAAAAUAAUUCUUAUUCUUAUCAUUGCCACUCCAUUCUUUUUCAUAUGCAAACGACACUAGAAACUAUUUCUAAUUUUUCAUAGAUUUUACUCAUAAAUGUGAAGUAAGCUUUACUCCCUGACGGCUUAACUUUACCUCAAGUUUUUUUUUGGGAAAAUAUCUUACUCGGCUUCGCCUCGGAGCGUUAAACUUUACACAGAAAAGGAACACUUUCCAUAAUUUCUCCCAUUGUAAGUAAUGUAACAAAAUCAAAUCAAAAUGUAACAAGUUUGUGAUUCUGUUUUUUAGUCACGUAUACCAUAUUUUAAGUGCUCUAGAGAUCAGUCAGUCUCAUUGAAAAACAAAGUCUCUCGAUUAUGCGAUUGACCAUGGUGCAUAGAUGACGUGGUUUUCCAAUGAGAUUAUCCCCCUUUUAUGCAUGGCUCCGUAUAAGUAAGCUCCGAACAGGUGACGUUUCCUGAAUCUGAAAAGUUUUACUGACCUGAAUUUGACCUGAGAUGAGAAAAUCCUGAUCUGACGUGGGUUAAAAAGUAGGUCUCCUAACGUCAAAUUAAGUUUUUCUUUUUCAGGUCAGACCAGAUUUUACUUGAGUUAAGGUCAGGUCAGGUCUGGUAGUUUUAUUUCAGGUUGGUAGGCCUGACCUAUUUCGAGCUAUCUCAGAAUAAAGUCAAACUUGUUAAAUUUUAAUUGAAGGCUGAAGUCUAGAUUAAUUGACAAAAUACUGGAAAAAAAACCGAACAACCUUAUUCAUCCGACCGUUUAUCUUUGAAUGAAAAACAAUUAAUCGAACUGAACCAUCCAACAUGACAAUUUCAAUU